AAACUUUUAAGUGGUAUGACCACUCGAUAGUGUACUGUGCAUGCUCAGGCUCAAAAUGAUAAGGACUCAUAACAUGGUCAGCAUGGUUCAAGCUAUUACGGUUCUGACUAUUCUCAAAAUGCUCGCCAAUGCCCAAACGACGUGCAACGGCGGGGCUGGCAGAGUAGUUUACGAGAGAUUACCAGAUCAACAGCUUCAAGGAUUCGAUGAUGAAGUGAUACGAGACUCGGCGCCGCCUUUUCGAGUCCUUGAAAAAUGUCAAGACCUUUGUCUACGUGAUCGUGCGGGGUCUAAUAACCUACCGAGACCCUGUGCAACAAUUGAUUUCCAACCGGGGACUCGAAUCAAUUCGUUUAAUGGUGCACCCGAGUACGAGGAGAGUACGUGCUAUUUGACGAGGGAACAAGCAAUGCCCGAGGGAAUAGGAAAUCUAAUGCUGGUUCCUAACAGCGUUCACUUCGUCGAGGUCUGCCUCAACUCCAAUCAGAUUGAGAGGAAUUGCCCGAAUCGUCGGUACGUCUUCGAGAGACAUCCCCGAAAAAAGCUGAAACUUCCCGCGACGGAUGUGAAGGAAGUCAGCGCGCCGAACAGGACCGUCUGCGAGGACAGGUGUUUGAACGAGUUCAGCUUCAUCUGUCGUUCAGCCACAUUCGACUCAAUGACCCGGAGCUGUUUGUUGAGUCGCUUCACUCGCAGGACUCACCCGGAACUCCUCGAGGAUGACGCAAACUCUGAUUAUCUGGAAAACACGUGCUUGAAUGCUGAACGUCGCUGCGAUGGCUUAGCAGUCUUCGUAAAAGAGGAGAACAAGCGCUUUCGUGGGCCCUUCGAAGUCGACAUUUACACAAACGUCACCCUGGACGAGUGUCAAGCACUUUGUCUUCGGGUGGAGAAGUAUUUCUGUCGCAGUGUAGAGUACGACGAGCAGACACGACAGUGCGUUAUCUCGGAGGAGGACUCAGUGUCCCAGAAGGACGACAUCGGGAUGAGCCUCAGCCCGUCCCAUCACUUCUACGACCUCGUCUGCUUGGACAACCCUCGUGGCUCGGAAUAUCCUGACAACAACGUCGCGUCUCACCUCUACCCCGACGGCAGACGUCCGGAUACAGCUUUCCAACGGUACAGGAACUCCCGGCUCAGCGGGGAAACCCAUUCGGAGAUCACUGGGAGGAGUCUGAGCGAGUGCUUGGAUGAGUGUCUCAGACAGACGAGCUUUCAAUGUCGGAGUGCUGUGUACUCUGAGCAUUAUAAAAGCUGUCGUCUCAGUAGAUUCAAUCAGCGCGAUGGUCAUAGAAUCAUGUACGACGCUGAUUCUGAUUACUACGAGAAUCUCAUGCAUCAAUAUUUAGAUGGGGACAGGGAUAACCCGAGCUACCGGCCGGAUCCUGUGGGCCAGGACACCAACGUCGGCCGCCCACUCCUCGGACGUCCUGGAUAUCCAGACGAUUACGACAAAAACUAUCCGAUCUCCCACGGCGAUCGUUACCCAGAUCACUACCCCCUCCCGGGGGACAGAUACCCGAGCAGUAAAUACCCCAGUCACUACCCGGACGAUCGUUACCCGGAGCACAAGCCCGAGAGAUACCCCAGCGAUCGCUAUCCCCUGGACAGAUAUCCCCUCGUGGGAGACCGGUACCCCCUCCGCGGGGACCGCUGGCCCGUCAACGGGGACAACUACCCGAGCCCAGGGUACCCAGGACACCGGUAUCCCCCAGCCGGUGGCCGAUAUCCAGUUGGCAGUGGAGGUCGGUAUCCGGUGCCGGGCGAUCGGUACCCGAUUCGAGAUGAUUAUCCGAGUCCUGGAGGUCGUUAUCCAGCACCCGAGGACCCAUUGACUCGUUACCCCAGUGGUGGGGGUGGUGGAGGGUCCAGAUUGCCCCCGGGGAGAUAUCCUGGGGAUCGGUAUCCGGAGAAAGAGUCGUAUCCACAUCGUGACAGGUAUAACCCCCACCUGGGAGGCAACGGCUUAUACCCAGGCUACGAAGACGACGUCCGUGGAACGAAAGGCUACGAACGUCCCCACUACCCCGGCCCCCCAGGCUCCCUCCCCGUGAGACCGAUCGGUCUCGGUGGCUACGACAGCGGAGCCGACGGCUUCAUGCCCGAGGGUGAUCCCUACAAUGCCCGACCCGUCGGCACUGGCGGUGGUCCGAUUAUUGGCCGACCUCCUCUCCUUUCUCGCUGCGACGAGCAGGAGAACUUCCGUCAGGUCAGCCAGGGGAUGCGCGUUAGGAAGUCCUUCGUGAGACGCUACACCACCGCCUCGACGCUGCCGGAGUGCGAACGGGAGUGCGCCGAUGCCCGGGAUUUUGUUUGCAGAUCAUUUAAUUUUCGACCAUAUGCUGCACCGUACGGCGCCGAGAGGGACAACUGCGAGCUCAGCGACCGGGACUCCAGGGACAUGGCCAUGGGGAAUCCCAUUUAUUACGAUACAGCAUCCGAUUAUGAUUUUUAUGAACGGAAUAAUGGGAGACAGGGCGCCGAUGGCGAGUGCCUCGAUGUCAGUCAAGUAUGCAACGAGGAUGGGAUGGAGUUCACGCUGAGGACCCCCGAGGGCUUCAUCGGGAGGAUCUACACAUACGGCUACUACGACCGCUGUUUCUUCCGGGGAAAUGGGGGCACCGUCAACGUGUUAAGGAUCAGCGGAGCUCAGGGUUAUCCUGAGUGUGGAACCCAAAGAUACGGGGAUACAAUGACAAACAUUGUUGUAGUCCAGUUCUCCGAUUACGUACAAACCGGAAGGGACAAACGCUUCAACCUCACCUGCCUCUUCCGCGGCCCCGGGGAAGCCGUCGUGACUUCCGGCUACAUCGGCGCUGGGUACGACAGUAGAUCCGGUUCGCCGAUUCCCAUUGAGUAUCUCCCCGCUGAGAACACCCUGAGUUCAAAGGUGCGGCUGCUGAUUCUGUACCAGGGAAGACCCACCACGACAAUCGCCGUCGGAGACCCCCUCACCUUCAGGCUCGAGGCGCAGGACGGUUAUAAUUAUAUCAGCGACAUAUUCGCAACAAAUGUCAUCGCCCGGGAUCCGUACUCUGGGAGGAGUGUCCAGCUAAUCGAUCGAUAUGGUUGUCCAGUCGACAACUACGUCUUCCCCGGGUUGGAUCGUCUCCGUGAGGGUGACAGUCUCGAGGCGCGUUUCAACGCCUUUAAAAUCCCAGAAUCCAAUUUCCUGGUGUUCGAGGCGACAGUGAGGUCCUGUCGAGACGGUUGUCAACCAGCUUACUGCUCAGGAAGUGCCGGUCGCAGUGAGCCAUCCUUCGGGAAGCGCCGGCGAAGGUCCCUCCAGGUCCUCCCCGAGGGAUUGAUCGCCGAAAUUCCUGCGAAAAAUGACACCGAAUCAAGUGGCGAAGCCCAAUCCGACGAGGACGACGGCGAGGAGCUGGAGGAGGGGGAGGAGGAGCACGUGAGGGAGAUGAUCGAAGUCCUGGACUCCAGGUACGACAUGUACGAGGAUAACUCGGUCAUUCAGAAGCAAGUGGCGAGUGUUGAGUCGAUAUGCAUAACUCCAAAUGAGUACUAUGGCCUUGUCACUGCUGUUGUGGGGCUUGUGGUACUUCUGUCAUCUGUCAUCGUCCUGUCAUUGUUGAUUUAUAGAAAAUAUGGCUAUUCAAUCAUUAGAAAAAAUCGAACGGUCGACAAGAGCCUCCACACGUCACCAACUGGGGAAUCCCCCAACCCUCGAGUCAAUAACUUUUCAUUCAUGAGGUCAGGCCUGCAGAAACCAUUCCAGACAUCAUCGUUGAGCCAAAUAUUCAAUCAUCACGAAUCGUCAUCGGCGAUGGAGGGAGCCGUUGGAUUGACGGUUAAUCGUCGCAGUGGUUACGACCCGAGUGAGCCCAUAUACACAGACCCCUCGCUCUUCGAAGUCUCACGUGGCUCAUUAGAUCAAUUCAAAUCCACACGAAACGAUAAUCUACAUUUGAUAUGAUUAGUCAAUGUCACUUCAUGAUUCAUGUUGUUUAUUUUUACUCCUUCGAUCCUCAAUCAAUGUCAAAAAAAAAUAUGAAUCAAUUUUUAAUGUAAUACUUACAGUUUAAGAGUAAAAAAGUUCACCUAGUUUGUUAAAUCCUCGCAUAAAAUGAAUAAACAAAAUGCCAAACAGUG